CCGAUCUGCGCUCGUUUACUGGAAUAGAAACUAAUCUUGGGUUUUGGAAACUCUAUCCAAGUAAUUAGCGGGCGCAGGUGCGCUCUCAGCUCGCUGUGCGAAGUUCCUGGCGCUGAAACCGUUUGACUUGGACGAGGAUCACUAUGAAAUCUCGUAAAAUUUUCUGUCUGAUCCUGGCUUUGGCACUGGUCGCUUCCAGCACUGUGCAAGCUGAGAACAGCAUUGAAGAAGGUGCCAAUUAUGGCGUCUUACCUAUCAUCAACGAUCUUGGCGGGCGUUUGACCCAGGCUGACAGCAAGGACGGGGACAAAGCCGGCCCUCCUCCAGUCAAAUGCACCUAUUCAAAGGGCCCACUGGGCAUCAAUAUGGUCUGCACUUGACCAAAUGCCUAGAAUGGUUAUAGCCUAAAAUGAAUGUGCAUACCAGUAGUACUUUCCAAUCUGUUCAGAUGAAACUUGAGGUGUCCAUAUGGCCGCACAAUGAUUGCGAUUUUGGAUCCAAUCUGCAGCUGCAUGGUUACUAGUUACUUAAUGAUCAGGCACCUCAGGCCGGGCCCUUUAAGGAGGCCAUAGCACAACAUUAGUUUUCCGCUGUUAGGAGCAAGCCACUACUUGCUCCCAAUGGGAUUGCAUUGUUCAUAUAGGCAAAGCUUAUGCAAGGAUCCCUGAGAUCCAAUCUUGAUAAUUGCAGCAGUAAAAUAAUCACGCAGCAAUCCUACUAGUGAAAAAAUAAAUGUC